CACUAAUCGUUUACAAAUAUGUCUGCUUUAUAAUCUGAAGUGAACCAAAUGGCUAACGUGUUUGAUUUAUGCUUCUCCCGUUUAUCUAUUUCAUGCCAGGUCACAUAUGUUAUACUGUUCAUUUCCUUGGCGCAACCUCAAAACAUUGUUGAUUUCAAGCCAUCAUAUCUCACUGCAACUGGACCCACGGUCACUGCACUUCUGCUCGGAAACGCGUCUGACAUCUCUCUGAAUCUGAGGACAGUAUCUCCAUCUAAUACGACAGGAAGUAUUGGCCCUCCAUCAUGUGUAGCUGGAGUAACACAGUGGGUGCUCACAAGGGAGCAGAUGGGGAAGACUGCAGUUCGGGUUCAGCUAAAGCUGGAUAAAAGUCUGCGUCUGUGUGGUGAGAAUGAAUCAGAUACAGACUGCUGUCCAAAGCCUCUGUGUGUCCUGGAGACCCUUCAGGUGUCUGCCUGUGUGGGCGGCACUCCUCAGGCAUCGCUGCUGAUCCAGGCCAGGAUAUUCGCCCUGUUGCUUCCUGCUAAUGCUGGAUCUGAAAAUAAAACAGUCAUUCCAAACCAAGUGUACCAGCCACUGGGCUCUUGCCCCUGUGACCUCACUUUUGGAGCAUGUGAUGUGCGCUGCUGCUGUGACACGGACUGUUCCUCUGAAGAUCUGAAGCUGUUUGUGUCCCACUGCCUCCCAGGUCCCUUUGGAGGACAGGUCUCUCCUGCUUCAGAUUAUCAGUGCUCUGUGCAAUCCUCGAAAAACUCCCCAGAUUGGUUUCCAUUUGUAUGUGUCAAUUCUCCACCUGAAAACAACCCUUACCUCGGGCUCUUUUACCAGGGAUACACAAUCACACCUGAACCGGGCCCAUCCUUCCAAAGCCCUGUUUCACCUGCUCCAGUGCCAGUUAAUGUUUAUAUUCAAGGAAGUCCCAUUUUCACAUUAAAUGACCAGUACUUCACUAUUCCUCAGAAGGUGCUCGGGCAGUGUGUAAACAAUGCGCCUGUAGCAUUUCUGAAGAAUUUUGAAGUGAAUUGUGCAACUCUUCUACGUUCCUGUCCAACUGGUUCCCCCUUACGGACUAUACCAACAGAUUUGAGGAUUAAAGUAAAGAAUGGGCAAGGAGGUGAUGUUUUAGUAGACGUAAUUGACGAAGUUGCCUUUGACUUGAGUCAGUUUAUUUCAAGCACUGAUGCCCCUUCAGCUGAGGGGCUGGUAUGUGAGAACGUGACCUUGGCGCUGGAUUACAAAUUGUACUGGGAAGGAAAUGACAUCACAAGUAUCACAGUGACUCAGACUGUUGGCACCAUCACAUUCAAUAGUAGUGUGGCGUUAACUACAAGGUAUUCUGCCGUGUUUUUAAAUGGAGAAUUAAUGGGUGAAACCAACUCGGGGAACCCAGGUUAUCAGGUGGGAAGGCCUGUUAUCGCUGGAAUUGUGGACACUUUGGACAACAAUACGGGCUUAGUACAGAGGGAGUCAAUCAGUCUUUGGAAACCAGUGAGUGAUGGGCUCUGUGUCUCUGCUGAGAUGAAACCAAUUCUGUUUGGGGAGAAUUCCACAUCAGGAUGUCUACUCCCUGUCAGUAGACACAAUCUGAGUCAGUGUGAUCUCCUGAGAGAGACUGUAACCUCUCUCCAGAAUAAUCUGAUGACAGCCACACAUGUUGCAAAGAGUGGGAACCCCGAUCCUUUCACUACGACAGACUGGGUGAACAUAAGCUUUUUGACACAAAACUCUAGCACAGCUAUGGAAGACAGCACAAAUUCAUGCUAUGGGGUUCCAUCCCACCAGCAUAUCCAUGUUUGGAGUCUCAUCACAGGCAUGGUAGGAGGCGUACCUCAGAGGGAUAUCCGUGCUCUGCAAGUCAGCUACAGCAUGUCCCCCUGGACACUGGAUUGUGGAGGUGGGGAUGUCUCUCCAUGUGUGGACCCCACGGAGACUCAGUUGUUCCCCAUCACCUCCUCAGUCUCCUUUACUGACAUUCUUGUCAACACAGGACCACCGAAAACCAGGUUUCAGAUAAACUUCACUGAGUAUGACUGUAACCGGAAUGAUGUGUGUUGGCCUGAGCUCGCCUUUCCCAUCACCAAGUAUUACACAGGUGAGCCGUAUUCCCAGUCUCUGGCAAAGGGCCUUAUUUUGGUUUUCUUCUUUAUCACUGCUUCGAUACUCGGGACUCCAUGGAGACAAAUCAGACAAGCAUGGAAAUAGUGCCGCCCUCUAUGACUCUUAAGAAAUGCUGAUGUAGAGGAAGAAACAAAGAUCUUUGAAGAUUAUACAUAGUUUAUAAUUAUAUUGUUUUACAUGUUUUAGAUAUGUUUGUGGGAAUGUAAAUAAUUGUUUUGGUGCACUCAUUUGUAAUAAAAAUAU